CCCUUUUCGCUCGCCAUCUCGCGCACCACCCACUCACCACGAUAGACAUGCUCACACUGACCACCACAGCGGGAUCGAGGCUUUCUUAUCGCGACUUGUUCUCGUCACGGUGCGUGCGCUGAAUGCCCGUGGUCGUGGCGUCACUCCUGUACUCAACUCGACAAUUCCUCGCCUGGUCCACAUUCCCACUUUUAAUUUCGACGACAAGACUUGCUCGUGGCCCGUGUGGUAUAUCGGCGUAUAUUCUCGUCCACCAGUAUGACAUUUACGCAGCCUUCUCGAAGCAACCUCGUCAAAACUGCUCAUCGUCUAAUUAUGCACUCGUCCUUGUCAUCACGUGCAUGGAUACACUUUACAUAUCGCAUUCACACCACCAUCUGUUCUACUCGUCUCUCACAUCUAUAGUCCCGACGCUCAUAGCACGCAAAGCUAUCUUCGAUGUACACCUCUCAGUCUCGAUCCAUGCCCAGCAACUGGCCAGAGAUGUACUUGGGGUUCAAUAGACUAAUUAUACUACUUAUAGCCAGGUCUACGAUUCCACAGCUGUAAUUCAGUUCGCAUCUACGAAGCUAGAAUACCGUACAUCAUCCUUGCCCUUUCUGGAGUCAGCAUGUAGCAGCCUGAGGCCAAUGUUGGUUAGUCAGCCGCUUCCAAUCUACCGUACUAGUACACCAAGGCUGCCUUGAUUGAUGCCUUGGCGAG